AUCAGCUGACAUCUAGAGCAGUGGAUGCAAUAGAUGCGGUUGGAGGAGAUGCAGGUAAACCUCUGUCGCACCUGGAACGACUGCUUGGGUCCUUGAAUGGAAUCGAGGGAGGAGGUAAAACGACACGUGUGUAGCAUCUCUUGCGGUUGCAAGGGAAAGUGCCCGGGGAGGGGGUGUGAAGGGAACAACACAGCAAUUUUGUCUACCUUCGAUUCUCCAGCAUCUGCAGUUCGUUCUUGAACAUGCUUCAUAAAGUGCAAGAAAGGUAUGUUGUUGACAUGCAGAGUUUUUCCAGUGUUUAUAUCUUGUACUCUUCUCCUCUCCAACCAUGCAUAACCCACAAUCUACACAAAUAACAUUAAGGAUUAUCAAUUACCAACUUGCUUUAAAAUUAACUUACAAUCACUUGACUGCAGAUGCUGGAAUUUGGAGCAACAAACAAAGUGCAUGAGGAAUCAUAUUAAUUAUUUUCUUUCUUUAAGCUUUCCCCCCUGAAUUAUAAAAAACUGCAAUAGACCUUGAACCCCAGUGUGUGUCCUUCAAGAAUGUGUAACAAUUUAAAGGUGUUCUAAGUUCUUUAUUUACCUACAGCAAUUAAGUAAUUCCAUUUUGAGCUGCUUAUGAACCUUUCAAGCUAACAAACUGAUAAAACACCACAAUGGUAAAUGGUAAACCUACUCUACGUCUGGUUAACAGGUGGCCACUUUACGAUGUAAUUGUGACCAUGUGCCUGGCCUGAAUGCUAUGUCUAUCUGUGACCCAAUCUAUAAAGAGUGUCCCAAGUGGUGAUCCUGCCUCUGAAGGUGUUAGUUGUUGGUGCCUGAGAUGGCAGCAGGAACAUAAAAGGUAGAUUACAAUUAAAAUACAAAGUACUUGUGCUGUAACACCAGGAUCAGCACUCAACCAAGCAAAACCCAAGCCCAAAGCUAAAGUAGUAUCUAAACUGCUUGUACGCACGGUGGUAAUGACAAAAUCUAACUCCAUAUGCAAUAAUAAGCUACCUACAUGUUAAGCACAUAAAAACUGUUUGUGUAGGUACAGGUAUAUCAUUGGAGUUAUCAAGUGGGCACCUCCCUUCACUGGUGUUUCGUUGAGUUAGGCCCACAACACCUCGGCUCAACAGUUAGUUGUGGCAUCCCAGAACCACCCCCUUCAAUACCUGCUCUCACCACCUAUCCUACCAGUAUCUACUAAAUAACGGAAACUUACACAAAAUACACUUACAAAGAAAUACACAUACCCCAGGUUAUACACUUCCCUUCUGCAGGGACUGAUCAAUAGUGCAUUCAUGUCACCUAAGUGCCAACCUAUGACUAUAUCUAACAAGAGAGAGACUAACUAAAUCCUCUUUACAUUAAUUGACAUUACCACUACGAAAAUGCUUGCCUUCAAAAUCCUUUGUUGUCACUAUUAACUAGAAACUUAAAUAGACCAAUCACAUAUGUACUAUAAGAGAUCAUAUUCUGUGACUAGCCCAUCACCUUCUAAAUCUCAAGGGCCACACUAUUGUUCGCCAGGCAUGUCAGGAUAAGUGCGACAACACUUAACAAUCUAGACACUAGGAUAAUGGCACACCUUUGCCAACUAGCCUGAAUUGUCACAUCGUUCAUUACUGGCGUGCAUACCAUCCAUGAGAUGCACUGCAAAUACUCACCUUGGCUUCUUCAUCCUAAUAUGUGGCCUCUAUCCCUAAGUCAAGUCAAGUCAAGUCAAGUUUAUUUGUCACAUACACAUACGAGAUGUGCAGUGAAAUGAAAGUGGCAAUGCUCGCGGAACAACAAAACAACCACACAAAUUAUAAACACAAUCAUAACACACAUAUUCUUUUACAUAAUAAAUAAUUGAAGGAAAAACGUUCUGUACAGUUAGCCCCUGGUGAGAAAGGCGUUUACAGUCUGAAUUGCCUCUGGGAAGAAACUCCUUCUCAACCUCUCCGUUCUCACUGCAUGGCAACGGAGGCGUUUGCCUGACCGUAGCGGCUGGAACAGUCCGUUGCAGGGGUGGAAGAGGUCUCUCAUGAUUUUGUUUGCUCUGGAGUUGCACCUCCUGUUGUAUAGUUCCUGCAGGGGGGUGAGUGAAGUUCCCAUAGUGCGUUCGGCCGAACACACUACUCUCUGCAGAGCCUUCUUGUCCUUGGCAGAGCAAUUCCCGAACCAGAUGGUAAUGUUCCCAGACAAGAUGCUUUCCACCGCCGCUGCGUAGAAGCACUGUAGGAUCCUCGGAGACACUCUGAAUUUCCUCAAUUGCCUGAGGUGGUAAAGGCGCUGCCUUGCCUUACUCACCAGUGCUGAGGCGUGUGAUGACCAUGUCAUAUCCUCAGAGAUGUGGACUCCCAGAUAUUUAAAACAGUUCACCCUAUCCACAGGAUCCCCAUUUAUACUCAAUGGAGUGUACGUCCUCGGAUGAUGUGCCCUCCUAAAGUCCAUGAUCAGCUCCUUCGUUUUUUUGAUGUUCAAGAGGAGGCUGUUCUCCUGGCACCAGAGUGCUAGAUCAGCCACCUCCUCCCGGUAGGCCCUCUCAUCAUUAUCUGAGAUCAGGCCCACCACCACAGUGUCAUCAGCAAACUUAAUUAUUGAAUUGGAGCUGAACCUAGCCACACAGUCAUGUGUGUACAGGGAGUACAAUAGGGGGCUGAGGACGCAACCCUGGGGCGAUCCUGUGCUCAGGGUGAGGGACUUCGAUGUCUAAGGAAGGCAAGCAUAGCAAAAGCAUGGGAAAAUCACCAUCCUGAUUUGGAUAUCCUUCAUCAUUAAAACCGUGCAACAUCUGACCCAACAUCACGGUCCUUCCAUAAGUUUGUGUAUAGCCCGAUUCACUUCAACCAACCUCCCUUCCAUUGAUUCCACACUGCUUUAGCAUAGCCACCAGAAUAAUCAAGGAUGAGUCUCACUCCGGUCACUCCCUCUUCUCCCCUAUCCCAUCAGCUAAGAGGUACAGAAGCGUGAAAACACACACCUCCAGAUCCAGGAACAGUUUCUUCCCAGCAGUCAUCAGGCAACUCAUCCAUCCUAUCCACAACUAGAGAGCAGUCCUGAGCUACUAUCUACCCUCAGACGAUCUUUAAUCAGACUUUACUGGACUUUGUCUUGCACUGAAUGUUAUUCCCUUUGUCAUGUAUCUGUAUACUGGAUGGGUCGAUUGUAAACAUGUUUAGUCUUUUGAUGAACAAAUGAAAAAGUGCUCUGGAUGAACAGCAAUCUCCCUCUCCCCCUCCCCCUCCCCUCCCAUUCUCUCUCUCUCUCUCUCUCUCUCUCUCCCUCUCCCUCUUUCUCUUUCAGGAAUCAUUGAAUGAUUCUUCCUUCGUCGCACUUUGGAACCACCAAACUGUGAGCAAAGAUCCCAGUGAUGUCACACAUGCUUUUCAUAUGAGGGCACUACCUUGUAAGCAGAGUGCUGUACAAUGCUCCCAUGUCUGCAUCCUUCACUGUCUCUUUCCCCCUAUAUUUUUUUUCAUCUAAUAUGCAGGCAUUUCCUCUAACAAGUAAUCACAAACACCCGCCUAAAUUAACAUCAACUAGAAGUAAGAAUGUGUGUCAGAUAGCCUUUCACACGUGAUAUUCUGGACAUCAUCCAAUGCUUUUCUCCCAUAUGUAUUGAACUUGUAUUUUGAAGUUCAAUUACAUGUGAUGGGACUGAGUACAAGGGUGCAGCACUAAUAUCGUUUUAUCUGGCUUCACUGCCUCCAAGAGCCAACUGGCCUGCUGAGGCAGAUAACGUCACCCUGGGUCACAAAUACAAAUCCAUGCUUUGGCCACAAGCCAACCCAGGGCCUCAGUUCCAAUUAAAAACAAAAUAAGCCACAUUUAAAAGAAAGAUCUGAGUCGAUCUACAGAAUGAACAACCAGUAUAUUGAUAUAGGCAACGAGACAGUGUAUAUCAUACAACAGAAAUCAAGUUUCUAUGCAGUGUUCUCACACAUUGAUAGAAAGUAUAUCAUUAAGCAAAAGGGAAAGUUGCUUUGGUGGAAUCCAGUUGAUAUGAAUGGAGCAAUUGAUUAUUGGCUGAAUUACAGUUCUUUGUCACUUUACUUGUUCCGGAUUGAAAUACUCAGGUCCUAUUUCUCCUGGCCCUAUCCAAAACAUGUGUUUGCUGGAAAUUGUACUUGUGAAGAAGGAGUUCAAUCAAUAGUAACACUGCACAAAGUGCUGAAGGAACUCAGUGGGCCAGGCAGCAUCCGUGGAGGGAAUGCACAGAUGACAAUUUGGGUUGGGACCCUUCUACAGGCUGCAGAUUUCAGAUCUAUCUGCUGUUUCUCGUGUGUCUAUAAUGACGCUGUUAGCGUGCCGGAUAAAUUGGGCGGGGAGGUUGUUUCCACAAGAAACCACCACGCACCUCCAUUAAUAAAUAUCUUUCUUCAACACAUGCUGUUAUCUCUUUAAUGGUCAAUUAUCUCACAAUCACAAGUCAUGAAGAUGCCUUCUCCACUGUAAUGGGUCCCACAAUCAAAUGUUGUGGUUCUGACAAGUAGUGUACUACUCUUCAUCCUUAUUUGUGCUACUGUGUAAGUCUCACACAGACUCACAUUGUCUCCCAAGUAUUUCAUAAAUAAUGUUCCCCUACACUGCUACUUAAAACCAAUGUGCUUUCUCCUUUAUUCCUCAUUCCUAUGCAGGGCAUUUCAACCUGCAACAUUAAGUUUGUUUCUCUUUCUACUGUACUUUUUUUGCCUGACCGGCUGAGUGUUUCCAGCAUUUUUUGUUUUUAUUUCAGACUUUCAACAUCGGAAGGGGAUUUGAAUUUCAUUGUAUGAACGUCACCAGUUUUCCAAGGAGUGAAAGUUCUCAAGGAACUUCAGGCAUUGGAGUAGGUUGUCUGGCAGCAGUGGAUACUGUAAUACCUAGGUCAAAGAACCCCCUACCUCAGAUAAAGAGGAAAAAGUGAAUAAAAUUACGGACAUGAAAGUGUCGCACCGUGUCCAUGGUAAACAACACUCAUCCAUUUGGUUUCAGAAUAAAAACACCAUCCAUGAAGACCAGGUUUUAAUUAUAGGUGAUUCUUGCCUGUUCCUUGGUAUACAGAUGGCACAGUGGUGCAGUUGGUCACACAGUCACACUGUCACACAGCGCCAGAGACCUGGGUUUGAUCCUAUCCUUGGGUGUUGUCUGUACAGAGUUUGUACAUUCUCCCUGUGACCUCGUGGGUUUCCUCCAGGUGCUCUGCUUUUCUCACACAUCCCAAAAUCGUGUGGGUUUGUAAGAUAACCGGCCUCUGUAAAAAUGUCCCAUACGUGUUGGGAGUUGAUGAGCAAGUAGGUUAACAUAGAACUAGUAUGAAUGGGUGAGCGAUGGUUGGUGUGGACUCGAUGGGUCGUAGAAUCUGUUUCCAUGCUGUAUCUCUAAAAAUAAAAAUAAAACUGAGGUUAAAAAUAAGUCAAAUGCAUCCAGCUAACUCCGUCAGAAGUAUAGACAAAAAUUGCUGGUGUAGUUCAGCGGGUCAGGCAGCAUCUCUGGAGAGAAAGGUCGGGUGACAUUACAACAUUAUAGGUCGGCACCCUUUUUCAGACUGAAAGUAGGGGGGUGGGGGGGAAGAGCUGGAGGCGACAAAGGACCAGUUCCGAUCGGGGCCGGCUGACAGAAGUAUGUUCAUUAGUAGAACUCUACCAGCUUACCGCUGCUAAAUUACUUGAUGGUUAUUAAUUAACAUAAAAAGAAAUGCAUGCUCAUGUUGCUGGCCUGACUGUAUUGGUUCAAGGUUCACUAUAGCCUGUUCACUGCCAAGAUUCUUUUCACUUGUAUACUCUGACCUGAAAAUACCCUGGGUGGCACUGACAGGUUAAUCUCCAUAUUUCCUUAUGAUAUUAAAGAAGGCCAUUUGGCCUCACAGUUCACAAAUUUGUGAUUAAGCAAAUGAUUUUAAGUAGAAACAUGAAGCAUAAUAUUGAUCUGGCGAUAUCUGAUCGUACCCGAUACACUGCAGACAGGUCUAAAUAUUCAUUAACUUAUUUCUGUCGCGAUUAUGCUGAUAUUUGAACUGUGGAGACUAGCAGGAUUGAGCAUGCUUCCAAUGUGUUUAAAGUCCAUGCUUAGGUGAUAAGCCUUUUGAUUACAAUGUAAUUCAGCAGCCGCAAACCUGUACAGUCUAAGCACUUGGAGAUAGGCACAAAGUGCUGGCGUAACUCAACGGGUCAUAACACUUGGAGAACGGAUUAGCUCCUGCCUGGAGCAAUGAUAAAAUACUGUAAAUCCAUGGACUGCUGCAAACCAGUGAAUAGCAAUAAAUGGCUAUACCCCACGCUGCUUCUUUGUGUCUAUGGAUUCUUCUCAACAAUGAGACCUUCGGAGCCUUUUUUAACACCCUAUCUUGUUGGACCUGACAAAAAUUUAACCAUUGACCAGGUUACAAAUGAAAUAUUUCCAGUAUGGACCUACUCUUACAUGGUAGUAUUGAUCCCUGUCUUCUUGGUCACAGAUUAUCUCAGAUAUAAACCUAUCAUAAUCUUACAAGGAAUGAGUUUUAUUACUACUUGGCUAAUGCUCCUAUUUGCGCAGGGGGUCCUGGCCAUGCAGUUUUUAGAACUCUUCUUUGGCAUUGUGUCUGCAACUGAAGUAGCUUAUUACUCAUAUAUUUACAGUGUUGUCGAUCCAGACCACUACCAAAAAGUGACCAGUUACUGUCGGAGCGUUACGUUGGUUGCAUACACCCUAGGCUCCAUUCUCGGACAGGUUUUAGUCUCAGUUGGGAAUGUAUCCUACUUCAUUCUAAACGUGAUUUCACUGGUUUCAGUGUCGCUGGCCUUCCUUGCUUCCUUCCUCCUACCAAUGCCCAAAAGAAGCAUGUUCUUCCACAAGAAAGAAGCCAAAGACAAUCAGGUCCUGCCAUCUACUGAAGACGUCAAGCCUGCCUCCGGAAAUAUUUGUCCUCAGAAUGAUCUAGACACAGCAGCCACCUCACAUUGUCCAGCCAGCUCGCGUGAAGGUGUCCCUAGUCUGGUGAAAGCAACCGAACGCAAGGGCAUGAUGAAGGAUCUCUUUCAACUGUGUUCUGAUUUCAAGGAAAGCUAUUCCUCUCCAAAAAUUAUCUACUGGUCUGCAUGGUGGGCAUUGUCCACCUGUGGGUACCUGCAAGUUGUCAAUUAUAUCCAGGUGCUGUGGGAUUACGUUGAACCAUCCCAAAGAAACACGGCAUACAAUGGCGGCGUGGAAGCUGUGUCGACCUUUAUGAGUGCUGUCAUGUCCUUUGCUGUUGGCUUUGUAAAGGUGGAUUGGGCAGUGUGGGGAGAACUGGCCCUUGGCAUCUUCUCAGUGGUGGAUGCUGGUGCUUUAUACACUAUGGAUCGUGCAAACAAUAUCUGGGUUUGUUAUGCCAGUUACAUUGCUUUCAAAGCAUCCUACUUCUUGUUAAUUACCAUAGCCACGUUCCAAAUAGCAACUAACCUGAGUGUGGAGCGCUACGCCUUAUUAUUUGGGGUAAAUACCUUUGCGGCUCUACUUCUGAGCCUGCAACCCAUGUUUGGUUUUAUUUUGCAGUUCCUUGUUUAUGGGACAUACUUUGCUGCCAUAGCAGGACUUUUCCUCAUCAGAGGAAUGUACACCUUUUAUCAAAGUCGACAGAAAAGAACUCAGCAGGAUGGGUCAGAGGUCAUCAAUGAAAACACUUCACCUUCUGGAACUGAGACAUACCUUGCAGAACGAUUUUGACAUUUUGUCCAUUGAAAAGUGUUGGACUUUUGUUGUUACAAUUUCUCGCUCAAUCCUCUUGGUCAGGUGGCUAGAACAUUUGUCCAGGGAUAUCUGCAAAGAUCACAUUCAAUUAGUUACUCAUUAAGAAGAUAAAGGACCAUUCAUGGGAUUCAAUCCAAUGCAGGAAAUCGGUUAUUUAGAGUGUUUAAACACAUUCCUUUCAGCCAAGGGUGUUUUAUUGUUAGAUACUAGACAAAGUGGGACCCAUUGGGUCCAGUCCCCUCAACACGCGGUUGCGUGGGGAGGGGGUGGCCUGCGGCAUCACACACACACUGACCAACCCCUCGCCACACACACUAACCAUCCCCAUUGAUAUUAUAUUAAUAUUAUUUAUUCACUCCUUUUACCCCAUCCCCCGCCCUAUCCACUCACGUAUAGCCCCUAACUCACAGGUGCAGCUAGAGAGGGACAGGGGCACAGAGAGGGACACAGAGAGGGACUGUACGUACGCAUGUAAUUGCGCCCAACACUCGCUCGACCGUCUCGGAUCAAUGCGACCACGAGGUUGCGUAAUUUGCGUGCCAAGGGCACGUAAGUGGGACAGGCCCUUUAGUCUUAACGAUGAGAAACAAUUGUUGUGGUACCACUCAAGCCCGGCACGCCCAGGUUCAUUCUCUCCACCGCCAUCCUGUAAAAAAAAACAGGUUCAUAGAUCCUUGGUUUCCCCUUCCUGAAGGCAACAAUCAGCUCCUUGAUCUUGCUAGCAUUGAAAGCAAGAUUGUUGUUGUUCUGGCACCAUUCAAUCAAAUGUUCAAUCUCCCUCCUGCACUCUGACUCAUCAUUAUCCGUUAUUCAUCCGUUAACGCUGGUGUCAUCAGUGAAUUUGAUGAUGAUGUUGGAACAGUGUCUGGCAGUAUGGUCAUGGGUUUCAAGAGAGUUGGUAGCACCUAAGCACACAGUCUUAUGGUGCUCCUGCAUUGAUAGUUAUCGAUGAGCAAAUCUUGUUGCCAAUUCAUACUGACUGUGGUCUGUGUUAAGUAAACCAGAAGAUCCAAUAAGCAGAGACACAGUUCUUUGAGUUUCAUGGUAAGUUUCAAAGCGAUGACCAUGCUGAAUGCUGGGCUGUAGUCAAUGAACAACAGCAAUGAACAACAGGGACAUCCAGCUGAAUAGACCAAGCUUCAAGCCAAGACCCAACAUGGUUUAGGUCACAUAUAAGCCACUGCCCAGGCAGUCAAAAUGAACAGUUGUUGAAAUCCUGCUCAAUGUCUUUGAGAUACGCAAACCUUCAAAAAUAGUAAGAUAUUUAAAAAUGCAAAAAAAAGCUUUAGAUUUAGAACAAAAUUAAAAAUAAUAAGGCAUUAGGAAUAACACCUGGCUGAGUGGUACCACAACAAUUGUUUACUCAUCGUUAAGACAAAAGAACUGAUUGUCGAUUUCGGAAAGAGGAAGAGAAGAUCACACACCUCUUGAUUAAAAAAUACAUGAUGUGCUGGAGUAACUCAGCGGGUCAGGCAGCAUCUCUAGAGAACUACUGAUGCUCCAGUUUGGGACCUUUCUUCAUACUUCUUGUGGUGGGAA